AUGGAGUAUCUGGAUGAAAAAUAUCCAGAUCGAUUCCCUCUUCUUCCGAAAGAUAAGGUUAUGCGAGCUCAAGCGCGAGCCGUCGCUCUGCAAAUCGCUGCCAAUAUUCAACCACUGCAGAAUAAUGCUGUUGUGAAGUAUUUGAAUGCAGAAAAGCCUGGCUAUGGUCAGAAGUGGGCUUCUCACUGGAUAAUGCGGGGACUUGGAGACUUAGAGCAGUUGGUAUCGAAAACCACCGGUGGCAAGUAUGCUGUUGGUGACCAGCUCACCAUAGCCGACAUUUGCAUUCCAUCCAUUCUAUACAACGCUAGAAGAUUUGGUGUGGAAGUUUCGAUGUACCCAAACCUGUGCAAGAUCGAGGCUGUCACGGCAGAGAUCCCUGAGUUCCAAGCUGCUCAUCCAGAUCGACAACCAGAUGCAAAUUUGGAUGCCAAGUGA